AUGUCGUCAAGCCGUGAAGAUUCCGUUUACUUAGCCAAAUUAGCUGAACAAGCUGAACGUUAUGAAGAAAUGGUAGAAAGUAUGAAAGAAGUUGCAUCUUCAGGUCAAGAAUUAUCUGUCGAAGAACGUAAUUUACUUUCUGUCGCUUACAAGAAUGUCAUCGGUGCUCGUCGUGCCUCAUGGAGAAUUGUUUCCUCCAUUGAACAAAAGGAGGAAUCUAAAGAGAAAUCAAACCAUCAAGUUGAAUUGAUUCGUUCUUAUCGUUCUAAAAUUGAAAAUGAAUUAACCAAGAUUUCUGAUGAUAUCUUAUCUGUCUUGGAUUCUCAUUUAAUCCCAUCAGCUACCACUGGUGAAUCAAAAGUUUUCUAUUAUAAGAUGAAAGGUGACUAUCAUCGUUAUUUAGCUGAAUUUUCAAGUGGUGAUGUCAGAGAAAAAGCAACAAAUUCAUCUUUGGAAGCGUAUAAAACUGCCUCAGAAAUCGCUACCACUGAUCUACCUCCAACUCAUCCAAUUCGUUUAGGUUUAGCUUUGAAUUUCUCUGUCUUUUAUUACGAAAUUCAAAACUCUCCUGAUAAAGCUUGCCAUUUGGCUAAACAAGCUUUCGAUGACGCUAUCGCUGAAUUAGACACUUUAUCUGAAGAAUCAUACAAAGAUAGUACCUUAAUCAUGCAAUUAUUAAGAGAUAACUUGACUUUAUGGACUUCUGAUAUGUCUGAAUCAAACCAAGGUAGCGGUGCACCAGCUCCUGAACAAGCUGCUCCUGCUGUUGCUCCAGCUGAUGGUUCUGAUGUCGCCGCUGCUGCUGGUGGUCCAAGUGCUACUGAAGAAGGUGAAGCUCCAAAAUAA